AUGAAUAUUUAUUUUAAAUUUGUUUUUAUUUUGUUUAUUUCAUGUUUAUUUUCAACUAUUUUAUAUGCUGUUUCUUGGCCAUAUUUUUCAGAAAGUUCAAAUGUUAUAUUAAAGUCAAUUUCAUCGGCGUCUUUACUAUAUAUUUUGGUUCUUAAAACUGUAGAACUUUUGUUUUAUUUUAAGACUAAACAUGUAUAUGACACCGUUUUUCUUAUUUUUAUUGCUAGAAUUCCAUGGAUGUACAUAUGUUGUCUAUUAUUUUCAUCUCCAUUGUGGAUACUGUUGUUGCUUGUUGCUGCUGAUAUAUAUAUAUUAUCACUUCCUUUUUACCUUUUAUCCUAUCAUCAACACAAUUCACUCACUAACAAGAAGGUGAAGAAAAAUCCAAGUCGAUUUAAUCAGGAUAGGGUUCUCACUAUUCUCUUAUCUUUGUUGGUUUCCUCAAUUUAUAGUAUUGUUAUCUAUAUUGUUUCAAAAUUAAUUUUGGUACCUUUAUCUCUAUUCUAUUUUAAUACACAACUUUUGAUUGCACCUAUUCCGCUUCCAGUGUUGAUUUUUUUCUUUUUUCCAUUAGGCUUUAGUAUACAAAAAAUUGUUUUAUCAUUUGGUUCAUUAAAAGCUUUUUUAUAUAUAACUUUUGCAACAACAUGGGUAACUAUAACAUAUUUCUUUUCAUUUAUUGAGGAUGUCACAUUGGAUGCUGUUCUUGUUUCUUUAACUACAUUUUGGUUGGCUAAUCUUAUUUCUCUUUUUGCUAUGGUCUUGUGCUUUAAAUCAUAA